AUGAUCAAAAUUGAACUUGCAGUGCAUCCAAUUGCUGUGUGCAUUCAGGUCUGUGCCCAUGCAAUGAUGACUGCCCUUGAAGUCAAAGUUAUGGCACAUGAGCACAAUUGUCUUGCUGCUGCUGGUCUGUUGAAGGAUGAGGUGGAGGAGGAGAUGAAAACAUUUCAGAGCCAUUUGCAGGCUUCAUUGAAUGAGGAGAUGCUACCACCACCAGAGGAGGUGGGUGAGAAGAAGUUUGAGAUUGUUGUCUCUUCUGAUGAAGAGAAGAAGAAUGAGAAGGAGAAGAAUGACUGGAUUGUUAAUGUCUAA